ACGCACGCAAUGGUGGCGUCCAGCAGCCGCAGGCGGCCGCGAGCCUCGCACGCCGCCGCUCUCUUCGUCGUCGCCGCGCUCGCGUCGCGCGCGCGCGCGCUGCGACCGCCCGCGCGGAUAGCUCGCCGCACUGCCCGCCGCGCCGCGCCGUCCUCGGCCGCCGACGACGCCAAGUGGAUGCGCGAGGCGCUGGCGCUCGCGGCGCUCGGCGGCGAUGCCUGCCACCCGAACCCGCAGGUCGGCUGCGUCAUCGUCGGCGCCGACGGCGCGAAGCUCGGCGCCGGGUUCCACCCGAAGGCCGGCGCGCCGCACGCGGAGAUUUUCGCGCUCCGCGACGCGGGCGUGUCGGUCGAGCGCGACGCGCGCGGCGGCGACCACUGGCUCGUCGACGCGGGCACCGCACGCGUCGCCGGCGCGACGGCCUACGUGACGCUCGAGCCCUGCAGCCACGUGGGCCGCACGCCGCCGUGCUGCGACGCCUUAGUCGCCGCGGGCCUCGGCCGCGUCGUCGUCGGCAUCCUCGACCCGGCGCCCUGGGUCGCGGGCAACGGCAUCGAGCGCAUCCGCGCCGCGGGGCUCGCCGUCGACGUCGGCGUCGAGGCGGCCGCGUGCGCGGCGAUCAACGCGGACUGGAUCGCCGGCGUCGUCGGCCUGCCCGACGACGUCGUCGACGACCCGACGGCGGGCGGCGCCGCCGACGACGCGACGGCGGGCGGCGCUUUCGACGACGCGACGGCGCAACAGAUGCAGCUCGUGCUCGCACUCGUCGCCUCCGCCGCGGCGCUGGCGCCGCGGACGGCCAUGGACCGCCGGACGGCCUUCAAGGUCGGCACCGGCGCCGCGGCGCUGCCGUUCGUCCCGGCGGCGGCGCAGGCCAAGGGCGGCAGCAAGAAGGUCGUCGUCGUCGGCACGGGCUUCGUCGCGUCCUACGUCGCGCGCGACCUCGCCAAGGCCGGCGCGAGCGUCACGACGGUCUCGCGUUCGUCGCCGGACGCGCAGCGCGAGAAGGUCGCCAAGUUCGUCGGCGCGCUGCCGGACAAGGCCGUGACCUACGUCUCCGCCGACGCGGCCACGGCGGACCUGAGCGCCGUCUUCAAGGGCGCGGACGCGGUCGUGAGCUGCGUCGGCGUCGUCCCCGGCGGCAAGAAUCAGCUCGCGGGCAACGGCGCGGUCAACGUCGCCAUCGCCGACGCCGCGGCCAAGAGCAAGGUGCCCAAGAUGGUCUACGUCAGCGUCGCGAGCGCGAUCUCCGACGGUCCGGGCAAGUUCAUCUUCGGCGACUACAUGAAGGGCAAGGCGCAGGCCGAGGCGGCGGUGAAGCGGGACUUCGGCGACUACAUGAUCCUCAAGCCCGCGAUCAUCACCGGCGGCCCGCCGGGCCCGCCGGGCCCGCCGGGCGUGCCCCCCGUGCCCGUCGAGGCCGUCGCCGCCGCCGCCGUCGCCGGCGCGCUCGGCAAGAAGAGCGGCGUCUUCGACGGCGCGGACGCGAUCAAGGCCGCGCUCUGA